AUGUCGUCCUCCCCUCAGCACGAAGAAAGCUCCCGCCAAUUGCCGCAAUCGCCCACCAAUGAACCUCUCCUGCCGCCUAUUACGAUCAUCGCUCCGCCUGCACUAGACCCUUCCUCAACAUCUUCCUCUUCCUCAACCACGCCGCACAAAAAACGCCGGGUGCAAUGGGUCGGCCUGAGCGAACGGGACUCCACCGAGCUCGACGAUUGGCCUUCGUCCUCCUCCCACCAAUCCCAUCAGCCGCAUCUCCCCCCAGCCACCCACAAUUCAUCCUCAGCCUUCUCCCGUCCAUUCUCGAUCCGUCUGCCUGAUCGCCCGACCCUCGAGCAGUUGUCCCAGCAGAUAGCCUCCCAGCAUGCUCGCACAGCCAGCACUAGCAGUAGCAGACGUCAUCUAGUCCAUCAUCAGCAGGACUCUGACUCCCGCGAGAACUCCACUUCUUCGCUUGCCCUCUCCACCAAUAUCAACACCAGAGCUAACUCAUCCUCUGUCUGUACCGUCCCCAACUCUAUCAACCCUUACUUUCCUUCCAUCCAGCCCCACACGCAGGCUAACCAGCCUGCCGAGCAACACGCCUCCAACCUCAACAGCUAUCGCCGCAAUCUUCUUCGCUCACAGAGCUCUCGCCUCGCCUCCCAGGCCUCUUCUCGGGAAGCCUAUCUUCCGACCCCCACUACUCCCAUGGCCACUCCUGACCAAUCCCGACCCGGCACACCGGACUCUGACCUCCACAUCCCGUUUGGGGAACGCGAUGGCUUACCCUCCAACCCGAACCGGAAGCCGCGCACGUUCACUCGUGAGGCCGCCAAUCUGGUCUCCCUGCACAAGUUCAACAUCGCGGCUGCCCUCGGCCGCAGCCAUCCCGCACAGGCAGCCGGGCCGAGCGGCCCGGCAAAGCGGCUCGGAACAGCCGCCUCUCACAAUGCCACCGUCCGGGAGAACCGCGCACUGGGUGCCAGCCUUGGGCUGUCCGCCUCCGGCAGCGGCUCCGGCCGGGCCGGCUUCAGGGGGCCGGGGAUGUCGAUGGGAAACGGCGUGCUCAGCUCGCUGCUCCACCUCUACAACCAUCCCCCCAGUGCCCAGUCAUCCUCGGCUACCCUGAUCAACUACGGCUCCGAUGAUGAUUCUGACGCUGGCGGCGAGGGCAGCCAGAGUGCAAACUCGCACACCAGACACUCCAGCUUGGAGAGCAACCAGGCAGCAUCCAGGCCCGUUCUGCCCACUCACCAGCCGCCGGUCCCCCUCCAGCAAACUCCUCCGGCCAACCCGGGCGCCGAACGUCCAGCCUCACGAGCUUCCUUCGACGCCGUCUCGAGCGCGCGACAGAAAAUCGCCCACGGUUUCUCCAAGGUCAUCCAAAAAUUCGACAACGAGAGGCCUGCCAGCGCCCGCUCCAAGGCUGGCGUCUUUGGGGCCUUGCAAGCUAGUGCCAUGGGACUCGGCGGGGUUGCUGCCCCAUCAGCCACCAACAUCGCCCCCGCCGUCCAAAAGUCAGGAUUCCGAUUAGCGCGCUACACCAAUCGCGAAUCUUUGGACACCGGCGUUCCUCCUACCCCUGCCACCCCAGCCCUCACCCUGACUUCCGACGAUCCAUAUGGCGCGAUGGCUGAGGCCACCCCACGAGAUGAGGAUGGCUUGGCUAGCCGUCUGCGAAGAGUGACCAGCGCCGGGAUCCGAGUCAGACGGCAAUCCGAGGACGAGGGCAUGUCCAUGCCCGACCAAUCCUCACUCAACGGCCAUGGAGGCCAAGAGAACAUCACUGGGGCUAGACUCGCAUCCAGUGCCAGCUCUAGCGUCGGCUCGAUCUUUAAGACGCGAAUUCACAAGUCCAGCAGCAUGGCCAGUCUCAAAGCCUUUGGAGACGCGAUCAAGCCGACCAACUUUCACAACGAAUCCGCCGUCCUCAAGGCCAAGAGGAGCGGCUCGGCCUCCGGAAGCACGCCCGGCACGCCGGCCAAGGAGUUGUUCUCUGGAGCCGAGAAGUCGCCCGCCGUGACCCCACUCGGCUUGCCGCCCCAAAUCUACAACUAUCCUGCCCAGGUUCCCGUCAAGGCUCAUCAACACAAUGGGUACGCCCGAAGAAGACGCGAAAAGAGACGCCAAGAAGAGAUCUUCAUCACCCUGCACGUCGCCGCCAUCCUCCAACGCCAACAGUUCAUCCUCCAGCUCACUCGGGCUUUGAUGAUGUUUGGCGGCCCGUCUCAUAGAUUGGAGUCCCAGGUCUUGGCCACCGCCAGAGUCUUGGAGAUCGACCUGCAGGUCGUAUUGAUCUACUCCAUUUGUAUCUUUUCGUUCCAAGAUGAGGCCACUCAUACCUCCGAGACCAAGUUCAUCAAGCAAUCCCCGAAUGUAGACUUGGGCAAGUUGACCGAUCUGGCCACGUUACACUGGGAAGUAGUGCAUGACAAGAUCGGGGUCCAAGAGGCGAGCCAAGAGAUCUCCCGCUUGAUGCGCGCGCCCGCGCAGUACACGAACUGGCAGACGAUCCUGAUCGGCGCGAUGUGCAGUGCGUUUAUCGGCCCCGCGGCGUUCAGUGCGAGCUUUUUGGACGUGUUGAUCUCGGCCCCAUUGGGCGCGGGUCUGGUUGCCGCCCAGCUCUUUGUGGCCAACAAAUCUGACGUGCUCUCGCAGAUCUUCGAGAUCGUCGUCACUGGCUUCACCAGCUUCGUCGCCGCCGCCCUCGCCUCCACCGGUUACUUCUGCUACUCUGCCGUCAUCGCCUCAUCCAUCGUUCUCAUCCUUCCCGGAUGGCUUGUCUGUUGUGCCGCCCUCGAACUCCAAUCCAGGUCCAUCGUCUCCGGCAGUGUCCGCUUAAUCUGGGCUGUCAUUUAUGCAUUGUUUCUGGGCCUUGGUAUAUCAGUCGGAGCCGAAUUCUGGACAUUGUUUUCGGGCAAACCGGUGAUGGUCUCCAUAGAUGGAACGUGUGGAAUGUCUCACACGAGGGAUAAGUGGUACCAAACCACGAUCCCGAUGUGGUCUACAUUCCUCGUGGUACCGGGAUACGCUUUGUUCCUCGCGAUGCGACAACAGGCGCGAUUGAACUCGAAAGAGAUCUGGGUGAUGGUCAUCCUCGCCUCUGGGGGCUUCACCGCCAACCAUUUCGCGUCCCUCGGGUUCCCCAACCGCUCGGACAUCAGCUCGGCCUUGGGCUCCUUCGUCGUCGGCUUUCUAGCCAACAUCUAUGGCCGCCUCUUCCAAGGCACCUCUUUCAUUGUCGCCCUCGUCCCCAUCCUCUUCCAGCUCCCCUCCGGAUUAGGCAACGGCGGCCUACUAUACUUCGCGAACACUUCCGAUUCGUCGCACUCCUUCACCUCCGGCUUCCAGGUCGGCCAGCAGCUCCUAGAGGUCUCCUUGGGCCUCGUCAUCGGCCUCUUCGUUGCUACCGUGCUUGUCUAUCCUUUCGGAAACAGGCGAGGCGGACUGAUGGCCUUCUGA